AUGAAUAGCAACAUCCUCAUCGUGGGCGCUACCAGAGGGCUUGGAGCCUCUUUGAGAAAACUAUACGCCUCAAAGCCAUCAACUGCAAACACAUACGCAACUGCGCGAUCAAGCUCUCCCCCAGAAAAUAGCACAGAGCCUCGUGUAUCCUGGAUCACGGAUAUUGACCUCUCCCAGCCUGAUGUUGGCCAGAAGCUCGUUUGGCAGCUCCCUCAAUCGACGAAGAUAUCAACAGCUAUAAUUACAGCGGGAUAUUUCGGGUUCGAAACAUUCGAUGACCCCAAUUGGGAGAAGGAAGUCAGAAUGUAUACUACUUCAGCCAUUGGACCGGUCUUUGUUGUGCAGAACCUUGUUAAGGCAGGUCUAUUGGGCGAGGGAAGCAAAGUUAUCCUCGUUAGUAGUGAGAGUGGAAGUAUAACUCUUCGACACGAGAAAGAAGGCGGCGGUAACUAUGGCCACCAUGCUAGCAAGGCGGCUCUGAACAUGGUUGGAAAGUUACUUUCUUUGGAUCUCAAGGAGAAGGGGAUCGCUGUGGGUUUGGUGCACCCGGGAUUCAUGCGCACGGAAAUGACCAAAAGUGUCGGCUUCGACAAAUUCUGGGAUGCUGGCGGAGCUGUUACCCCGGACCAAGCAGCCGAGUCGCUUUCCUCGUUUGUUGAGGGGUUUGGGCUAGACAGGACAGGGGAAUAUUGGGCACCACGAGGCCCUGGAGACAUUGGAACUGCAGAGGCUACAUUGGGGAGAGAUCUUCCAACACCGCUGCAAUUGCCGUGGUAA